AAAUGAUUUUAGAAUAUACUACAUGAAUGAACAGAACUUUUAGUCUUAAAAGUGUUUUCUCUAGUUCCUACUCAUCAAUAAUAAUUUAUAAGUUUAAGGUGCUCUUUAUAAUUUAUUUUUGGUUUAAGGAUAAUUUUAUAAAAACAAAAAAAAUUCAAAUUACCCCCCAUCAUGCCCAUCUCAGUCGUACAAGUACUUCUACAACAAAGCAAUAAACCCCGGCGAAGAGUGUAACAGUAACCGCCGCCGCCGCCGGCAGCGCCUCCCAUGGAUCCUUAUCAUGAACAGAGACUGCGAGACGAGGUCAUCUACCUCCACUCUCUUUGGCACCAAGGCCCUCCUUCUACUACACCCACUUCUCGACCCGAAAGAAAGCUUCCACAACAACCGCCGAAUCCCACGAACAAGCUCUUAAAGCCCAACCCACCUUCCAAUUCGGAUAUCCAAUGGCCCCAACCCAACAUCGUUUCCGGAUCCUCGACCCGAUUGGAGACGGCGGAGGAGAAAGCUAGGAACUUGGUGCUGAAACUGCAGCACAAUGCGUCCAAUGCAUUCAAGGAAUUCUUGGCCAAGUCCGGCUGUGAUAGUGACGAUGAUUCUGAGGAAGAAGACGACUAUUGGGUUGGCAAUGGAGACGAUAAAUACUUACUCUUUUUGAGAAUUUUCUUGGAGGAUUAUGGACUGAGAAAAUAUUAUCAAGAAAAUUCUGAGGGCGGUGAGUUUUGUUGCUUGGUUUGUUAUGGGUUAGGGAGAAAGAAUUCUGGGAGGAGGUUUAAGAGCUGCUUAGGGGUUGCUCAGCAUUCGAUUGCGAUUUCGAAAACUAAGUCUAAGAGUAAUGACUCGCAUAGAGCUUUGGCUCAGGCUAUUUGCAGGGUUUUGGGGUGGGAUUUCGAUAAGCUUCCGGUCGUCGUGUUGAAAGGUCAACCACUUGGCCCAGUUCUGAUCAAGAAAGGGGAAACACAGGGUGAAAUUAAGGCAUAUGCUGGUUCUUGUGAUGAUGUUAAAGGAAAUGCAGUAGCCAUGAUUAGUAGUAGUGGAGGUGAUUUAGGGGAAAAUGAUGGUAGAAAUAUGGUGAACUGUGAGGGUAAUGUUGGAAAUGAGGGUACACAUAAAGACCUUGGAAAUACUGAUAAAGGAGUACUUGGUGAAUUGGUAUCUAACCAAACAGUGGUGUCUACUUCCGAAUGGCCAUGUGAAAAGCCUGUUGAUAAUUCCUCUUCAACAGCGCUGGAAUGGCGUGCUUUUGAGCCUUCUUUAGCUUCCGCACAGUUGGCUUCUGCAGCAAACUCGGUUUCAGCUGAAGACCAGGCAAGAUUAACUGUAAUGCGGUCACAACAUGUUGCUGUAAAAGCCUGCCAAAAUUAUUUUCAAAGAAAAAAAGGUUUAGACUGCAGUGAGCAUGGCGAUGAAAGUGGGGAUGAAGAUACAAACAAGGAUAGUAACAAUGAGGAAGAAGAUGUGUAUGAGAACAGUGAAGACGAGGAAGAAGGCAAUAGCAAUGAGGAAGAAGAUGCAUCCAAGGAUUCUAAAUUGUUCAAUUUCUUUUUUAAUCUUUUUAAGGAGGAGAAUGGCAAGUUGAGAGAUUUUUAUGUCAACAAUUGGGAGGCUGGGGAGUUUUGUUGUCUAGUUUGUGGUGGAAUAGGGAAGAAGGUAUGGAAGAGGUAUAAGGGCUGUGUUGCACUUGUGCAACACUCGACCGCAAUAUCAAAGACAAAGAAAAAGCUGGCUCAUAGGGCUUAUGGCCAAGUUGUUUGUCAGGUACUCGGUUGGGACAUUAAUCGGCUACCGUCGAUUGUGUUAAAAGGUGAAGCUUUUGGUCUACCCUCCCAAAAUUCCUGCGAUAAGCAGGGUGAACUCAAGGAAGAUUCUGAUCAUCAUAAUGAGGGAAUAGUUUUAGACAGAUUCCAGUGUUCAUCAGAACGAAACAUCAGUGAAAGGCCUCCAGCUCACAAGUUCAAUCGUCAAUGAAGUCAGCUGAGUUGCAGCAGGGUGACUCUGAGGGGAAAUUGGAAAGUUCAUAAUGAUGAUUUUGUUAUAAUCUCAGUAGUACCACCCAACCUCAAAAGUAGAGGUUCAUAACAAGAACAGGGUGUGUACUUGAUGACAUUUUUAAAACAAACAGUAGAUAAUUUGGUGUACAUAAUCUGAGUACUGUUGGUUAUAGAAGUUUUUAGAAUAAUUUAUUACCAGAACAUUUUCAUUGAAAUAGGCUAAUUCUUUCAGCUCUGUUGAGUCAAAUGCACAAGUUGUAAACAUAGGCCAAAACAAAGGAAUUAAUGUUAUUCUAAAUUUUUCAGCACCAGUGGUUGAUUUGAUCUUUUGUAUA